AUGCUGCCGGAAACCUCUUCUUCCUCUGCUUUCUCCUCCCCUUCUCCGCCGGCGAGACCUCUCACCGCCGGGAAAUCCAUGGAAGACCUCUGGCAGGGUAUCAAUCUGGGUUUCCUCCGGCCGCCAUGUUCAGCCGAUUCCGCCGCCAUCCACUUCGGAAUCCUUCCGGCCGCCGGCGACCGGUACCAGCCGCAGCCAGAGCCCAUUUGUCCAAAUCCUCUGCCUUCCCCUGUUCUUCCCAGCUUCGGCACUAGUUUGAACCCUCCUCUUGUUUUCCCUUCCCACGGGAAGAGAUCGAGAGCCGUCGGCGGCGGAGGAAAAGGCGGGGAGCAGUGGCAGAAGCGGAGGAUGAAGAACAGGGAAUCUGCUGAUCGGUCCAGAGCUAGAAAACAGGAAACUUCCUCUGUUUCUCUUAGGACUUCACAUGAAUUCCAUUCCUUUGCUUACACUCAGGAACUGGAGAAUGAAGUCGGUCGCUUGAAGAUGGAGAAUGCCAAGCUCAGAUCCACACUGAAGGAAGAAGAGGUGAUUAAUUUGCUUAAUUGA